GCUUGAUGUGGAAGGCGAUUUGGCAGGAAAAUUGCUGCUGCUAAGGAAGAUAAUGGCCGCAAUGCACUUCAUGUGGCGUCGUUGGGUGGAAGAACGCAUAUUCUGAAAUAUCUCGUCGGCCAACUGAAAAUGGAUGUUAACGUCAAAGAUGACGAAGGUGAUACUCCUUUGAAUUGUUCUAUUGAACGGAAUCAUUUUCCCACUGCCGUUUACCUUAUUGACAAUGGCGCAAAUCUGAACGCAAUGAAUAAAGAGGGGGUCACUGCUUUGCAUCUUGCCGCUAUGGAAGGACCUAAGAAACUUCUUCAGUUGCUAAUUUCAAAACGUGCCGAAGUUGAUGCUAACCCUGCCGCUGGCACACCACUGCAGCGCGCAGCAGCUGUUGGCAAGAAGGAUUGUGUUAAGGUUUUGUUCGAAAACAAUGCAAAUUUCUUAGGCUGGUCAGGUAGGUAA